AGGAAGAUCCCCUUCCUGCGGUCGGUUUUAUGUGUGACAGCCAGCGCAUUGUCUCAGUAGGGAUGCAACCACCCAACGUUAUAUAAAAAGAAGAAUUGCCGAUCAGAAAAUAGAGUUGCGAAACAUCGGUAAAUCAAGCAAAUAUCACAUAGCUGGCAAUAUCUGGAACUGACAUUGAGGACAUUGGAUUUGUAUCCAAGCAUGGGUAACAGAGAUGAUGAAUACGAUUUCUUGUUCAAAGUGGUGCUGAUUGGGGACUCUGGUGUUGGGAAGAGUAAUCUGCUUUCUCGCUUCACUCGGAAUGAGUUCAACCUGGAGAGCAAAAGUACCAUCGGAGUGGAGUUUGCCACACGCAGCAUUCAGGUAGACAGCAAGACAAUAAAGGCUCAGAUCUGGGACACAGCUGGACAGGAGCGCUACAGGGCCAUCACGUCAGCGUAUUACCGGGGUGCAGUUGGCGCUCUGCUGGUGUAUGACAUCGCCAAGCACCUGACUUAUGAGAAUGUGGAGCGCUGGCUGAAAGAGCUGAGGGACCACGCUGACAACAACAUCGUCAUCAUGCUGGUGGGCAACAAGAGCGACCUGCGCCACCUGAGGGCCGUGCCCACUGAUGAGGCCCGUGCCUUCGCAGAGAAAAACAAUCUCUCAUUCAUCGAGACGUCGGCCUUGGACUCAACAAAUGUGGAGGAGGCUUUCAAGAACAUCUUAACAGAAAUCUACCGGAUUGUGUCACAGAAACAGAUAGCUGACAGAUCUGCACACGAUGAAUCUCCAGGCAACAACGUAGUGGACAUCAGUGUGCCCCCCACCACCGACGGGCAGAAAGGCAACAAACUGCAGUGCUGUCAGAACCUGUGAUGUUUCCCAAUGAUACUCAUUGUCCAAUCUCUUCACACAGACCUUGGUCUCCAUGUUCCUCAUACAUGCCAUUUUUCAGUUGUCUUAACCAUGUUGUUAUGCUGCUGCUACUCAACUUGGCUUCUAUCAACAAAAUAUUUGUAUAUAACCUACGCUGACGUGCAUCUGGGAGAGGUUUAUAAGCAGCCUCUGCCAAACUUAUUUAUGUAGAGGCUUGUCAUUUUAUGUCAUUAGCAUUACACAUUUUAGGGAAAUAGCUUCCCCAGUAGCCACAGAGGAGUAUUGAAAUGAUUGGUGAGACAAUCACCGUUCACAUUUAGACAAAAAGUACUGCAAGUAUUCAAGUGCCCAGCAGAUUUCAGAAAAACUCUAGUGCAGACUAACACACCUCUCAGUAUUACUGUUACCGCUGUGCCGGCACCUGGCAAGUUAUUGAUUGUAAUUAAAAACCGUGGAGACCAAUCCAGAUCCAGACCAAACAAUCUAACCAGGCCUUGGGGAUGGACUAGCUGGUUUUAGUCAAUGAGCAUAAAUCCUGUGGUGGAUGCUUAGCUUCAAUAUUGACCACUAGAUGGUGCUGUGUACAUAACCUCAUGCUGUUGUCCAGGCCUUUGGGGAUGAUGGACCACGCAUCUGUACAAAGUGACUCACGUUAAGAUACCAAUAUAAUUUCAUGUGCUGAAUACAGACACACUGUAUUUAUUCAUAUGGAUUUCAAAUGCAUUGUUUUACUGUAAAUAAACUGUGUAUGAAUUAA